AUGAGUUUGAUUUGUUCCAUCGCUCUUUUGAGUGCUGUUGCACUCGCUCACCCAACCGGCCUUUGGUGGGGUACCGAUUUCUGCUAUCCGAGUCCCGAAAAUACCGACAAUCAUUGCUCGGUGGCACAAGAGUCAGGCUUCGAUUGGUCAGACCUGGCCAAUGGGGACAAUUGGAGUUAUGAAGGCUUCAGCUUCAACGGAUUCACCCCCAAGGAUGGAUGCAGGGCCUCCGGAGGUCAAUGCAUCGAGGGAAGACUUUCCCGAGAUGAUGAUUGGGAUUUGCAGAUCGACGCUGAGCAGGCUCCGUUCUCGGUCAGCAAUUUCCACAUUACCACAUCGCGGAACGCAGAUAUCAUCUUGACCUACGCUUUGGCAGAUGGCUCCUCCUGCCAUCAAGUGGCCUCGACUACCCCCGAGGGAAGUGACAUUGUCAAUGACCAAUGCGGUGGCGCAGUCUCCGUCAACUUUCAACUCUCCGUGCUGGACCAAUUUGGUGAUCUCGAUCUUGAAUUACACCAGAUGGGCUUUGAUUGUGCUCCUGGACCAAAGCCUGCAGGACCGCUUGUCAUCACUUCGUCUGAAACCACCAGUUCUACCCCUCAAAUACCUACAUCGACACGUAUAGUUCCAUCAUCCAAGUCCUCGACCGACACUGUGGAAGUGGCCAUCUCUACCAGCUCACCCCUAGUGUUUACUCCCUCGGUCGUGGUGAUUACCGACGUUGUUACUGUUACUCGUUGUUCUCCCACUGUCACAGACUGCCCUGACCAUGCUCCUGCCUCUGUUACUACGUCCAUCCAGUCCAACACAGCCACGGAUUCUGUCAAGGAGUUUACACACACAGUCGCUCCUCCAGCUCUUACCACCUCGGUCGUACCGAGCUUGUCGACUACUCCACCUUGUCCAGAUUUGGUUCCCAAGUGCUUAAACACCUGGCUCUCUAUCCCCAAAUGUGACUCCAACAGCGAUGCAGCAUGUUUCUGCCCUUCGUCAGAGUUCACUGCAAAGUUCAAGUCCUGUGUGUACGCCUGGAGUAGCUCUCAACAACAAACUGAUUCGGCAUUGUCUUACUUCGCUGGUAUCUGCGCCUCUUAUAUUCCUACGAACCCUGCUAUUAUCAGUCUUGUUCCAACCAGCACAAGGUCAACCAGUCUCCCACUUGACCAUGUCACCGACGGGCCAUCCCCUACGGAUGCUAUUGUCUCAAACACCUCCGGACCAGAGCCACCUUGUACGACCGUUACCUGGUCAUCCCAGACCGUCACCGUCCCACAAGUGGCCUUUAGUACGAGCGCUGAUGCUUCUACUACCGUGGUGAGCCUGGUGACUGGCAACCCAAUCAACAAGUCCGGUACUUCGUCAUCUCCCUGGCCCCAUAGCACGUGCACAUCAUCUUUUAUGACGGUGAAGGUGGAGAAAUCUACUACUUCAAGUAAUGAGACUCCCACCGCGCCCGCAAAUCCUCCACCCAAGCCAACCUCUACACUUGUUGUUUCCAACACCGCAUCGAAAGUUCUCCCAGGUAGUCUGUUGACACUUGGUUUGGCUAUUUUCCUCUUUUCUUUUCAAUAA